AUGCGCGGGCGGACUCACCAAAGAGACGUAGGAAUCUGGCUGGAUAAAGAGGACGAACUUCUCGUAUCGGGCGCAGAUUCUCAUGCAGAAACUACACAUCAUUCUGGACAGCAAGGCAGCCAACGACGAGCCGUUUUACUCCCCCCACGGCAGAGCCAGGAGGCAUUGGUCGAUAUCUACCUGCGUCGGAUUCACCCCACACUGCCAUUAAUCGACGAGCAGGAGUUUCAACGCCAAUUCAAAGAAGGCUCGGCUUCUCCUUAUCUCGUCCAGGCGAUAUGCCUGGCCGCGUCGAAAGACCACGAGGCAGAGCCCUUCCUGCGUCUAGCAAACUCCGGGAAACUGGCCCUUUCGGAAUUCAGCAAUUUGCUUUAUGACGAGCUAAACCAGGCAAACUCACUGAAACUUGAGAGGAGGAGGGUCACGCUAAUCCAAAUUCUUGCCCUUCUCUCACUCCAUGUCCCGGGGCCCAGAAGUUUCGAGGACGCUUCCUUGUACUUGACGCAAGCCAUCCAUCACGCGCACACCAUGGGACUCCACCUCACAAGUCCCGGUCCGGUGCAGGAUAAAAAACCUGCGAUCGCGCUAUUCUGGUGUUUGUGGGCCCUUGACCGAUAUAACGCUGCGAUACAGGGUAGACCACUCGUCAUUCAUGACAGGGACUUGGGCCAGCAGCUGGCGGACAUACUUCCGCUUUUUGAAGCUCCAUUCCGUGUCCUCCUCAGUUUAGCCUCCGCGCUAGCUGACGUUUUCGUAGUCUACCGGCCAGCUUUGGAAGGUCCAAUUGAUUCUAACAAGCCAGAAAUCCCGCGAUUCGAGGAUGUAGUGGAUAAAUGCGAGGCGUGGGACGUUCCACUAGAUACGAUAUUAUCACUUGAACUUGUAUAUCAUGCAAUUGCCCUUCUAGCCUCACGGCCAUGGGUGCUUAAGGAUCAACCCAAAUCGGACACCUUGUAUCUCAGGCAGGAUCUGUCCGUCUAUCGCAUAGUGUCCUUGAUUCAAAUCCACGAAGUAUCACAGCUCUUACCGCUACCAAUCAUUCCCUACGCCAUAUCAUUGAGUUUCUCGGUCGCGUACAAACAAAUCCAGCGCUGUCAACUCCUCAGCACGCAGGAUACAGCGAAACACCACGUGCGCGCUUUGUACAAGAGUCUUGAAGCCUUAUCCCCGACAUGGUGGUCAGCUCAGGUCAUGACUCGACUCGGCCGGCGCGUAUUGCAUGAGAUUCAACGCACCACUGACAGAACAAAUGACCAAAUAUUGCCAGAGCAGCCCCGCAGGAGGCGGCCUUCUGAUCCCACGAUCGCCGAAUACAUCAGCACUCCGGCGCUGUCGUCUGACUUGACGGCUUCGGAGAACGUCGAUAGCCCGUUGAACGGGACAGGUCCCAGAAGCCAACUGCCAGUCGAUUUUGCAGACAUUGGACACGAUACAUUUGGUUAUCCGUCGGGAAACGCUGCUUUUGACGAUAUUGAUGAUCUCCUGGGGAACUUCCUCAAUAUCAACGUCCCGACAUGUCCGACCCACCCGUCAUUUACUGAUUUCGACGUGGCUUGGGAUGACCAAAUGUCUAAUUAUGCCAGCUUCUACUGA